AAUCAGCGUCUCAGAGGGGCGGGGUAAUCAAAGAUAACGGACCAAAAUCCUCUACCUGUUUAUUAACGGGGCACAUCUGGUGUAGUGCCGUUUAAAUGGUACUGGUCUUGUGAAAAUAUUGUAAUUGUUGUCAGACACAUUAUGUGAAUAUCAAUGUGUGGCACACAAGGAGAAGAAAAUGCUGGUCACCGAGUUGGAAAUAGACUGAACUUCUGUUGAUCUCCUCUGAUGUGUGUCUUCUGGAUUUAAGAUGUCUCUGGCUCAGAGGGUUUUGCUGACCUGGGUCUUCACCCUGGUUUUCCUCAUAAUGUUGGUGCUCAAACUGGAUGAGAAGGUGCAGUGGAACUGGUUCCUGAUCUUCCUCCCAGUUUGGGUCUUUGAUGGAAUCCUCAUCCUCAUGCUCGCUAUUAAGAUGGCAGGUCGCUGCAAACCCGGGUACGACCCACGAAACGGUUCGCCAGACCUGCGUCUGCGCACAUGGUACCUAACGGCCAUGCUGCUCAAGCUGGGCUUCUGCCUGACGCUGUGCGCCAAGCUGGAAAAACUGGCUGACAUUAAGCUGACAUUUGUGUGCAUCCCGCUGUGGACCAUGUUGCUGGGGGCACUGGUGGAACUGGGGCUGAAUAUCUUUCCAGAAAGGAGAGAGGCUUAAGGGCUAUAUUAAAAAUUCAGCUCGUACAAAAAAGAAAAAGAAAAAUGGGAACAUGUUUUGGGAGUAAAGUUUUGUCUGUGACUUUGGACUUUAGUUAUUUUGUUGCCAGAGAAGACUGAAUCUAAAGAGAAUCUUUAUCAGUUUAAAGCUGGGACUCAGCUAAUUUUGUUGAGAGAAAGCUGCUAGUGAGUUCACUCAUUCAGUUAAAAUAAUCGCAAUACCUCAGAAGUAUGAGAGUAACUACCUGUGAGACUACUGUGAAGUCAGCACUGGAAGAAAACAUACUGUAUGUAUUGCUUUUAGUGUUUAAUGUAUAUAAGCAACCAUAGCUGCUUGUGUAUAUAUAUAUAUAUAUACAAACACACAUGCACACUUGGCUCCAAUGCCGAGUGUAAAAGUUUGUAUAGUUGUAGUCAUGCACCCUUUUCCCUUAAUUCCUGAGCUGAUUAGUUAUUUGUUAAUUACCAUUUCACCAGUUUUAAAUGAACUUUAAAUAACUUUAAGUUUAGCUACAAGUACACAAAGAAAUGAAUACUCAGAUGACUUGAGAAGCAUCUGAUCCACUCUUUUCCAUAAGCUAUGCCCUCUGCCUUGUACAAGGUCCCUUUUAUACUGUGUAAAUCAGCUUUCAUUUGGUCUUUGCAUACAGAAAACGGGUCAGUGAGACAAAACCAUUGUCAGGUAUUAACAUUAAGAU